AUGCUCAUGAUACGACCGAAAUUUUGGCUUUACAUUCAGUUGGUCGAUGUGGUUGCAAGGGCAAGUCAACAUUCGAAAAGGUCUCUUGACGGCACUUCUCCCACAAGCCUUACGCCUGGAGUUCGACCACAGCACUCCAACGACCAGAGCUGUCUGGUGGCAUUGAAUGGCGCAUGGCGCGAGCUUGAGCGACUGCUGGCGCAAUCCGGCGCAGAAAGGCAUUCGGACGCGCGAGAACUGUGCAAAAUUCUCUCGGAUGAAUAUGUUAGGGAAUUGCUAAUAGCUGUAGAUGACAUAAGAAGCGGUCGGUACACCGCCCGCGUGGAAGUGGACGCCGUCUCGGUGCCAGUCUACGUGGAGGCGGAGCCAGUCUUGGGCGCAGAGGAGCAGGGCUCCGGGGAGAGUGAUGACACGCUCGAUCAGCCCCUCUCCAUAUCCUCCCUGCCCGCAGACCCUUCCUCCAUUUCCGAGCCUCAGGUCGCCGGAGGAACGCCCAUCGUCCACUUGACCAAGCCACAAGAGCAUGUCGAUCGUGACACAAGAAUUCCCAUUGGGAACAGCCGUCACCUUCCACCAAUGUCCGGACGACAGCGCCCCUCACCGCAACCACCUCGUCGCACCUCUUCCACUUCGGCCGCCACAGACCCUCGCCACCACCACCGCCACCCCCCAUCCCCCGGGCCGCCUCCGCAGACACCCUCCAACGAGUUCCCGUGCCACAGUCUUGGUCGCCGAGCUGGUGGGGCACGCGCCAGACACCCCGCUCUCCCGUCCUACAUUGAAAAUAGCAUUCCUGAGCCCGGGAAGAUAAGAACCAUUCACAUCACCCGAAGAAUACCUGGAGAACCUUUGGGAAUCACUCUGGCCGAAAGAUCCGCAUCUCCGCCACCGACACGCAGUGGAUCGCUGCUCUCUCUUCUUGGAAAGCAAGGUCAUCGAGAGGCCAGCAAGGAGCUCCCGAGGAUAGUAAUUCAGAGGGUGAUGGUGGAUUCUCUGGCCGACAGGCAUGGAAACUUGUUCCCUGGUGACGAAAUCAUUGAAUUUAAUGGGAUGAUUGCUACCUCAUUGGAAACAAUCCAGAUGGCGAUGAGAAAUGCAUCACAAAAUCUGGAGUUGAAGUUAGUUGUGCGAACCCCCAGAAUAGGGCAGUUGAAAGCUCAUCUCUUCAACCGCAAUCGGCCAGAACACAAGGUUUAUAUCCGUUGCAUGUUCACUUAUGACCCGAUAAAGGACACACUGUUGCCCAACGCGAAUUUGGGGAUACCUUUUAAAAGCGGCGAUGUCUUGGAGUUGGUGGAUUCACAAGACCUCAAUUGGUGGCAGGUUAGAAGGCUUGAUGGUGCAGAUUCAAAUGUUGGCCUGGUUCCCUCUCAAACGCUAGAGGAACGCCGUCAAGCCUUUAAUCAACAGGCUUCAAAACCAGAUUCCAGCAAGAAGACAAAAAAAGUCAAAUCCAUCUUCCGCGCAGCAGAUUCAUCAGACCUUUUGGUGCGCUCGGAUCUGUGGGUUUAUGAGGAAGUCGUACCUUGGCCACCCUCUCCAGUACACACCCUUCUUCUUAUUGGUCCAAAUGGCGUUGGUCGAAGAACGUUGAAAUUCCUUCUCUGCACCCAAUACCCACAGCGAUUUGCAUUUCCCAUAUCUGAUACCACUGAUCCCAAUGCGUCACCAUCCCUGUUUCGUCUACGCACAAAAGAACAAAUGGAAAAGGAUAUCCGACAAGGCGCAUUUGUGGAAUGGGGAACUGUAGAUAGUCACCAUUAUGGUAUUCGGUUCGCCGCUAUUAGGGAAAUAAUAGCUGCGGGACGAACCGCAUUGGUCGAUUGCCAGUGUCAGUCUGUCCACCUACUACACCAACCUGAAUUCAAUCCGCAUGUUGUCUUCGUUUCCGCGCCCAAUUUCGAAACGGCCAAGGCCAUGAUGGAAAUCGGUAUACGGGAAAACCUUACGAUAAACAAGCGAACAGAUGAAGAUAUCCAGAAUAUUGUCGAGGAGUCAAAGUUAUUCGCGGUUCGGCAACAACACUUGUAUACGCACACGUUGGUCAACAGUAACAUGAACGAAAGCGUGGACAAGCUGUCGCGUCUCGUUUCACGCCUGGAAAAGCAACCAGGCUGGAUACCAGCGGGUUGGGCUUACGAGAUGAGUCCACCGAAGUCUCUAGGGAAAGAUGGAGCAAGUGCAUAUCUUCUGGGUUUAAAUGCGCUCUCCGCUACGGGAAUUCCAGGUCUUCCCUCGGACAACCAGUCGGCCAUAGGUAGGGCUACGAACUCGGUCGUAUCUGUGGCCUCUCCGGAAUCGGCUGUGCGCCUGGCAAGACCCCCUUCGGUGUGCAGUUCCCUCCAGCUGCCGGUCCCGCCGGGCGUCGGAGGGGGCUACAGCGCGGGCACGACAGGGCGUUGGCGCUACGAGAAGCGCGGAGCGACACCGCGCGCCGAGCCAUCCCUGCCGGCUCUUGCCUCGGUGGCUGGGUCAGAGACGGGCGACUCGGUCUCAGCCCUGUCAGACACUCCACCUGUGGAACACCGCAAAACUCAUCAGAAGACGAAUGUCAAACUUUCUUCAGCAACCGUAGUUCGUGGACCCUACCAGCCAUCCAAACAGAGAACGCCAAAUCAAAAAUCAGUUCCACCCAACGCGAUUCGAACACGCGCACCCACUAAGGUGAUUCAUGAUGAUGAUGGCGAUGAUGACGAUGACAUUAGCAGCACUUCUUCCGAAAACGACUAG